AAAAACACUUUUAAAGUCAUACUUUAAAACACAAAAAACUACACACAUGCCGUAAAUGCACUUUAAUUAUGACCAUUCAAGCUAGAGAGAACUUAAAUUGGGCCUCAUCAAAAAUUAAAAUAACUACUUGCUAGACGACGACGGCAUGCCAUUGCCAGGAACUUAUACAGAGCGUUACAUGAAAUACUAAAAUCAUGACUGUUUUAAUUGGAGGAGGUAGAGGAUUUGUCGGCAAACAUUUGACCAAAGUUUUGAAAAAUAAUGGAUAUGAUGUGACAAUAAUUUCAAGGCAGGCAGCAAAAGGUCAAAUAACAUGGUCAGAGGUGGAAAGGAACGGACUGCCAAAUGAUUGUAAAGCAGUGGUAAAUGUUGCUGGGGAAAAUAUUCUGAAUAAAUGGAAAUGGUACUCGGAUAAAGAGUUUUUGGAUGAGAUCUGGAAGAGUAGAGUUGGCACAUCAAAAAUUCUGGCUAAUGCUAUCAAAGAAGCCGAGAAGAAACCAGAGUCAUUUGUUACCAUGUCAGGAGUUGGUAUUUAUCCCCCCAGUAAGACAGCGGAAUACACAGAAGCAGCUACUGAACCAGGAAAUGAUUGGUUAGGAAAGUUAGCACUGGAGUGGGAGAGAGCUGGUGAUUUACCAGAUGAUGUUCCAACAAGAAGAGUUAUAAUUAGAUCUGGUGUCAUACUUGGGAAAGAUGGCGGAAUGAUAAAGACAUUGUGGCCAUUUUUUAAAUUUCUUGGUGCACUAAAACUUGGCUCAUGACAGCAGUGGUUGCCUUGGAUACAUGUUGAUGACAUGGCAGAAUUGAUAACAUAUGCUAUAAAAACUGACAGUGUCUCAGGAGUGUUGAAUGGAGUAGCACCAGAUCUUGUUACAAAUGCAGAAUUUACAAAAGCUUCUGAUACAGUACGCGGAUUACCAACUUUUGGCUUUCUGCCAGAAUUUCAUUUGAAAAUGUUGUUUGGAUCUGAAAGAGCUAUUAUGCUGUUACAAGGACAAAAAGUAAGACCAUCAAGAACUCUUGAAAGUGGCUUUACUUAUAAAUAUCCAACUAUUCAAGAUGCUUGCAAAGAAUUAGUAUCAUAGGUAUUAUAAAUAAAAGGAUUGAUAUCAUAAAAAGAUUAUCUCAACAAAUUUAUCAUGUAAGGUAUCAAUAAUCCAGAUGAAUUAUAUAUAAAGGAAUUUCAUUGUGAAAAUGCAAAUUAGAAUGAAUUGUUGAAGGACUGUGCCGAUGAUAAGAAUGACUAUAAACAUCAAAAUUAUAAGUACUUGUUAGAUAUAUAAAUAUAGUUUGGUUACUGUUUACUGUUAACUUUUUCUUACCUGUUUUUUUUUUUUUAAAGACAUCCUCCUUAUAAUGGAACUAUUAUCUUUGUUUACACCAGGAAAAGGACAUUAAAUCAAAGUUUGAAUGACUAGACAGGGCUCAUAUAAAACAAGAAAUUACUAUUUAUCUGGUGUAGCUGUUAUUUGUUGUUAGAUUAAAUUACUGCUGUAAUAGGAUAGCUACAUGACAGCUGGAAUAAUGAUAAUUGAUUUUACAGUUUUCAACAAUAUAGGAAAUACAUAUAUUGUGCUUUAGAUUGUUUUAUGAAUUACAUGCUAAACAUAUAUUGUUUGAUUUUAUUAACCUGUCAAUUCCAUACUCAUUAUACGGUCAAUGCACAGAAUAUAUUAAUAUUCGAAAAAUGUUCGGUAAAUUCCGUGAGAGGUACGCAAUAAGAUGUGAUUAAAUUCAUCUUGUUUUUAUGAAUUAGUUACACUGACCGUUAUAGCGCAAUAGGGUAAACCACGGGUAUAUAAUAUCAAAAUGUCCUGCAUCACGUAAGAUCGAGACAGUGUAUGUCCAUGGUUUUUUUUUCUUAUUCAUAACCAUUUUCAAAAUUUUUGAAGUUAUGGUUGUUCUGUUUUUAAUAUGUUUUGUACUCUUUUGUAAAUACUAUAUUUUUGUAUAUAAUUGAUACUGAAAAUUCAUUCGGAUAAUAAUCAAUAAAUGUAAUUUCAGUGCCGUAAAAUACAAUACAAAAUGUGACAAUUCAGUGUUUCUUAGUUGUUUUAUUCCAUGUAGACAAUUUUGCGAGCGCUUGACAAUUUUCUUUAAAAUAUACCUAAAAUAAAGAGAGAAUAAGUCUAAAAAGAAUGUCAAAAAAGGGAUCGAACCUCGGACCUCUCAUAC